AUGGAUUCUUGGGUACUGAAGUUGUUGUUGCCACAACUUCUGCUUGUGCUGAUCCAACAUGCUGACGCAAGCUCCAUCAUCAAAUAUCUUCCUGGCUUUGAAGGCCCUCUUCCUUUUCAGCUUGAAACUGGGUACAUUGGUGUUGGUGAGGCAGAGGAAGAUCAAAUGUUCUACUACUUCAUCAAAUCUGAGAGGAACCCAGAAGAAGACCCUCUUCUUGUCUGGUUAACUGGAGGACCUGGUUGCUCUUCUUUCUCUGGUCUUGUUUAUGAGAAUGGGCCUCUUGCUUUUAAGGUUGAGGCCUACAAUGGAAGUAUCCCCAGUUUGGUCUCUACCACAUAUUCAUGGACUAAGGUAGCGAAUAUAAUCUAUCUGGACCAGCCUGUUGGAACUGGCUUUUCUUACUCAAGAAAUCCUCUUGCUGAUAUACCAAGUGACACCGGAUCAGUUAAGCGGGUCCACGAGUUUGUUCUUAAGUGGCUAGACAAGCAUCCUGAGUAUUUCUCUAAUCCUUUCUACGUUACUGGAAACUCUUAUUCUGGUAAGGUGAUUCCGGCCAUCGUUCAAGAAAUCUCAAAUGGAAAUUAUAUAUGCUGCAAACCUCAAAUAAAUCUCCAGGGCUAUGUGCUCGGAAACCCGGUAACAAACUUUGAUCUUGAUAAUAAUACUCGCAUUCCAUUUGCUCACGGAAUGGCACUAAUCUCUGAUGAACUCUAUGAGUCGAUGAAGAAAAGCUGUGGAGGAAAUUAUUUUAACGUCGAUCCUCAAAACACAGAAUGCUUGGAACUCGUUAAAGACUUCGAGAAGUGUGUUUCUAGAAUAUAUGAAGAACUUAUCCUACAAUCAAACUGUGACAAAACAUCUCCUGAUUGCUAUACUUAUUGGUAUUCACUAUCUGAAUACUGGGCUAAUAAUGAGAGCGUACGUAGAGCACUUGGAGUGGUGAAGGGGACUACAGGGGAAUGGGACCGGUGUAACUGGAAUGUGCAGUGCAAUCAAGACAUUCAAAGCAGUAUACCAUACCAUAUGAAUAACAGCAUCAAAGGCUAUCGAUCUCUCAUCCUCAGUGGUGAUCACGAUAUGACAAUCCCUUUUGUUGGAACUCAAGACUGGAUAAGGUCUCUAAACUUUUCCAUUGUUGAGAAAUGGAGGCCAUGGAUGGUAAAUGAUCAAGUCGCUGGAUACACCAAGACUUAUGCUAAUAAGAUGACAUUUGCCACUGUGAAAGGAGGUGGGCACACUCUAGAGUAUAAACCAGUAGAGAGCUCAAUCUUGUUCGAAAGGUGGAUAAGGGGCCAACCUCUUUAAACAUAGAAACCUUCAUCUGAGCUAUUGAUUAAUGUUGAAGCUGAAAGUGCUUGGUGUCUGGAUUCAUAGAGAGAGACCAUUUGUUAUCAUUGUUUUGACUACAUUUUUUUCUUGUUUUGGACCGUUUAUUCAAUUUGUUUUCAAUUAGAUCGCGGAGUACUAUCUGAGGUUUUCGAUACGUAAUUAACGUUUGGCAAAACGUGAAAUAGACAU